AUGGAUGUACGAGGAAAUCAGAUCGCUACCCUAUGCGUAACGACCCCUAAUUCUCCCCGGGCACGCAUGCAGAUGGUCUCACAAGGCGAAUGGGUUGAAUUCCUUCUUGGUUCUGAGCUGGGCCGGAAAAUAAGGUUAAGACUAGGCCCAGAGGGAAUCUGUUCAUUGGGACGGAAGAGCUGGGCCAGUCUAUUUGAAGAAACUGACUGGAACCCGGUCUUUGAGCUGAGUGGACUGGACCGGGUUCUUGGAGGAGGCUUAAAAGCCUUCAGAUUAUGGGCUGCCCUAAUGGGUCUGGCCUUAGACCGAGGCAAAAAAACCCAGCGUUCAUCGAACGUAUUUGUUACAGGAACAGACACAAGUGAUGCUGCUGUGAUUUGGGCUAUGAGUUUUCUAAUGAAAAAUCCUAAAACAAUGAAAAAAGUUCAAGAUGAAAUAAGAAGCUUAAUUGGGAAGAAGGGUUUUGUAGAUGAAGACGAUAUUCAACAAUUGCCUUGUCUUAAAGCUGUGGUGAAAGAGAUGAUGAGACUGCAACCGACAGUUGCAUUACUGGUCCCAAGAGAAACAGUUCACAAGUGCACUUUGGGUGAGUAUGAAAUAGCUGAAAAAACACUAGUUUACGUGAAUGCAUGGCCAAUUGGGAGGGAUCCUGAAGCUUGGGAGAAGCCAUUGGAGUUCUGUCCAUAG